AUGAGCAGUGUCAGGAGUUUCCGACGCGUCCCCAAAGCUUUCCGCGUGCGUUCCCUGCAGCGUUUAAUGAGCUUUCAUGCUCCUGGCCCUUCCCCCGCUGUUGGCCCUUCUGCUGCGGAUGCUUCUGCUGAUGCUGCUGGUGCUGCUGCCUUGGAGGGCACGUGUGUGACUGCACGGGAGGAGCAAGAGGGACAUGUUGAGAUAGACGGUGCAUGCGCACCGAGCGGGCGGGUGGAGGGAGUGAGCGUAAGGCUGGGAGAGGCAGAGCUGCUGGGCGUCACUGGCAAGGCUGCUGUGCUGCCUGCUGUGCUGCCUGCUGUGCUGCGUGUUGUGCUGCCUGCUGUGCUGCCUGCUGUGCUGCCUGCUGUGCUGCCUGCUGUGCUGCCUGCUGAUGGCAAGUCGUUGCUGCUGCUGGGUAUUCUGGGGGAAGUGCCUCACUCAUCGGGCGCCAUGCACCGCUCCGUGCCUUCCCUCGCCUACGCAUCGCAGCAGGUCUGCCUCCCAUUUGCCGCUCAACCUUUGCUUCUCGUCUCUCUCUCACCCCUUCCCCACCCACUCGUCUCUCAUCCUUUGCCACCCUUUGCCAGCUCCCCUCUGCCGUCCCAUUUCCCCGUCGCCCACUCCUCCCCUUUGCCCUCUCCUCCCCUUUGCCCUCUCCCCCCCCCUUUGCCCUCUCCUCCCCUUUGCCUUCUCCUCCCCUUUGCCCUCUCCUCCCCUUUGCCCUCUCCUCCCCCUUGCCCUCUCCUCCCCUUUGCCCUCUCCCCCCCCCUUUGCCCUCUCCUCCCCUUUGCCCUCUCCCCCCCUUUGCCCUCUCCUCCCCUUUGCCCUCUCCUCCCCGCCUCCAUCUCCUCGCCACUCUCUCUCAUUCUGCUAGUUAUCGUCUCUGAACGUCUACCAAUGCCCUCUUCCCCCUCGCUCACUCUGCUGCCCUCCCCCACUCAAGGUGGUGGAUGCGUGUGUCCUGUCCUGUGCUCAAACGUUGGACUUCUGAGGUGCCUUAAACGUCGUCCCCAUUGCACUCUCCUCCCCGCUCUCUCUUGCUCCCCUAUCUCCCUUCUCCCCCCCCCCCCCCCCCCUCUCACUUGCUAUCUCCCUCCCCCACUGAAGGUGUUGGACGCCUGUGCCCUCCGCACGGACUUGGCCCUAAUGCCACGUGGCGAUGAAUCAUUGGUGGAGGAGGGCGGCGGCAACCUCAGUGGCGGGCAAAGGGCGCGCAUGUCGCUCGCCCGGGCGGCGUAUGUUGCACUGCACUGCAAGAUGACCUUUGAGUCGACUCUAAAGUCACCCCGGGCAGCAUAUGCCACACCUCAGGCACACACUGAUGGCAAUGGCGGCAGCAAUAGCGCCGUUGCCAGCCACGUGUUUCAGCAGUGCGUGUGUGGGCUGCUGGCAGGGCUGCCCCGGAUUGUCGUCACUCACCACGUGCAGUACCUUGGGAGCUGCCACAGAGUGUUGGUGCUGAACAGCGGCAGAGCAGCGGCGUGUGGCGCAUGGAGUGACCUCUGCGCCCUGCCCUCUGCUCAACAAAACUGCGACAACCCCCCUCUGCCCUUUGCACAACUUCUGAAGCCCCUCAAAGCUUUUGAGGCACCUCAAAGCACAUGGAGUGACAUAUGCACCCUGCCCUCUGCGCAACAACACUGUGACCAUCCCCCUCCGGCACUGGGGCAACCUCUCUCUGGUGGGAGGGGUGUUUCAGACACUGGCUCUGACAGUGCCAUGUGUGCCACUGUCACUGUUUCUGGUACGGUCGUCUGUGCCCCUGUCACCACUGACACGGGUGUGGACGGCACGAUUGCUGAUUCACGGAGCUGCAAAAGCGGCACCACGGUGGUCUGCAGCAGCAAACGUGACACUGGCUCUGACAGUGCCAUGUGUGCCACUGUCACUGGCGGUGACUGUGCUGCUGCUGGCAAUGCAACUGUCACCACUAACACGGGUGUGGACGGCACCGUUGUUCAUUCACAGAGGUGCAAAACUGGCGACACAGCGGGCAGCAGCAGUGGCAGCUGUGUAGAUCGUGGCACAGGCAGCGAGAGAGACACAGAUGCGCCAACAGUCGGCACGAGGGGCUGCAGGGUGGGCAUUCAUGGGGACUCGUCGGUGAGAGGAAGCGAGGAAAGGGCAGAGGUGGAGCAGGCAGAGGCUGCGGCCCUCAUUGGGACAGGGGAUGAGGUGGAGAAGAUUCAGUUGACUAAGGACGGCAUUCAUAGAAACACGUCAUUGAGAGGAAGUGAGAAAGAGGUGCUCUUAGGGACAGAGGCUGAGGUGGAGACAGCGGAGGUGGGGAAGGGAGUGGUAGACGCAUGCAGGGAGGGGGAGCGUGUCUCACUUGAGGACCAGGCUGCUGAGGGCUCGUUGUGCAAGUCAAGAGAAGGACCAUUAGCAGCAGAGAGUUACUCCCUCUUUCGGAGGGGGGAGGGAGAGCAGGAGGAGAGUGGGUCCACAGAAGGUGAUGAGCAAGGUAGGCAUGCAAACGUAGGCAUGCAAACGCCUGCUGGACGUGGAAGGGUGGCAGCGCGGUGCCAUCCCCCUGUUGGUGUUUUGGGGCUACGCCAGAAAGAUCCGCGUGCUGCCUCUGCUGCUCUUUGCCGCCCUCUUCCUCGCCGCACACGCCUGUGGACGGAGGAGCCUGAGACCACACCGCACCCGCUUGCCACCCUCACGGCCAUCGCCCUCUCCUGCGUGGUCCUCUCCCUCCUCGCCUCGCUGCUCCUCCACUUUGCCGCGCUGCGCGCCUCCUCCCGCAUGCACUCACUCAUGCUUGCCUCCGCGCCGGAAACCACACCGCACCCACUGGUCACGCUGGCAGCCAUCGCCCUGUCCUGUGUGGCCCUCUCCCUCCUCUCCUCGCUGCUCAUCCACUUCGCCGCGCUGCGCGCCUCCUCCCGCAUGCACUCACUUAUGCUUUCGUCCGUGCUCGCCUCGCCGCUGGCCUUCUUCCACCGCAACCCCACGGGCCGCGUGCUGAACCGGUUCAGUGAGGACCUCGGGGUUACCGAUGAUGUGCUGCCCCAGCUGCUGCUGGAUUUUCUGAAUGGCCUCCCAACCAUCCGAGCCUUUUCCCAGCAGCGCCGCUUCCACCGCCUCUUCCUGCGCCACGUCACCGCCAAUGCCACCCCGCACCUAUUCUGGAUCGCCACGUGGGAGUGGCUGGGCUUCCGAUUGGACCUCCUCGUUGCCGCCGCCCUGCUCUCCGCCGCCCUCGCCGCCGUGGCCCUGCGCCACUCGCUGCCGCCCGCCAUGGCCGCACUGGCUUUGUCUUAUCUGCUGCAGCUGCCGGACUCCCUGCGGUGGGCGCUGCAGUAUGGUGUGGAGCUCGAGAACACGGUGAGAGGGGGGGGGAAGGGUGGGGAUUGGGGAACAGCCAGGGGUGAGGGAAGGGAGGGAAGGGAAGUCUUCGGACUCCCUGCGCUGGGCGCUGCAAUACGGCGUGGAGCUCGAAAACACGGUACUGAAGAGGGUGGGGAGGGUGAGGCAGGGGGGAGAGACAAGGGCAAGGGAAGGGUGCUGGAUUCCCUGCGGUGGGCGCUGCAGUACGGCGUUGAGCUGGAGAACACGGUGAGGGGAGGUUGGUUGGUUGGAGGGGGUGCGGGGAAAGUGAGGGACAGAAAGGCUGCCAGACUCGUUAUGGUGGGCGCUGCAUUCACGAGUGUUGAGCGCACACUCGAGUACACCACGCUGCCAGGGGAAGAGCCUACACCUGCCAAAAGUAAAUCCAAGCAUCAGCAGCACAACAAGUGGCAGCAGCUGCAGCAGCAGCAACGACAACAGCAGCAGCAGCAGCAGCAGCAGCAGGAAGGCCCCACCACCAAAUCCUCCGUACCCAGCUUGCUGUUCGGAGCACUGCAAACAGCAAUCAGGCGCCUGUCCUUUAAGAUGGACAACAUCAUCAAGCCACUAUUCUCUCGCAAUCCGCCCUUCACCCACUGCCAAGCCACUGAUGCAGCACCAAACAGCAAGGAGGAGGAGGAGAGGAACAGCAGAAGCGCCGUUUGCCCCUCGUGGCCGUCAGCAGGGGCAGUGCGAGUGGAGCAGCUGACAGUGCGGUAUGGCAGUUCAGGGCUGGCAGUGCUGCGCAGCUUGAGCUUUCAGCUCGCAGGGGGAGAGAAGUGCGGUGUGGUGGGGCGAACAGGUGCAGGAAAAUCCACCCUCAUGCUCGCGCUGCUGCGGUUGGUGGAAGCGUCUUCGGGGAGCAUUCACAUCGAUGGUGUGGACAUUGCAUCGCUGCCCCUCGCCACCCUGCGAAGCAAGCCAGCACAGCAGCACAGUGACGAGGCCCUGUGGUCGGUGCUGGCAACGGUGCACCUAAAGCCGCUGGUGGCGGGGCUGCUGGGGGGGUUAGAGGGUGCCCUGGCUCAGGGCGGGGGGAACCUCUCCCUGGGGCAGAGGCAACUGCUCUGCCUCGCAAGAGCGUUGCUGGCAUCAACACGCGUGUUGCUGAUGGAUGAAGCGACAGCGAGCAUGGAUGGGGAGAGCGAUGCAGCGAUCAAAUCCAUCCUGCGGGAGUCAUUCAAGCACAGCACCGUCAUCACCAUUGCACACCGGCUCUCCACGGUUCUUGAUUACGACCAGGCAAGUCAGAAGAGUGUUGAAUGUGCCCCUUGCUCACGUCCAUGUAUGUGUGUGCGCACACCCAUCAUGCCCACGUCUGUGAGUGCAUGUGCGCACACCUUCGUGCCAACGUCUGUGAGUGCAUGUGCGCACACCUUCAUGCCAACGUCUGUGAGUGCAUGUGUGCACACCUUCAUGCCAACGUCUGUGAGUGCAUGUGCGCACACCUUCAUGCCAACGUCUGUGAGUGCAUGUGCGCACACCUUCGUGCCAACACCCUACGCACGCACACCCCACGCCUCCUUACGCGUGUCCUCCCUUGCUGAAGCCGGAACCUUCAUCUUCGUGGUGAAGGCCAGUUCAUCGCCUUCGAUCGACUCGCAUGACUCAUCACUCUCAGACCGCUUCAAGUCCGACUUCUCCGACUCUCUCACGAUCAGCCGCUUGAUGAACGGCGGGAAGAACGGCCAUAGUCGUUGCCGGAGCUCGGGCAGCCGCCAAUCGUCGCACGUGACUACCCCGCGGCAGAUCGACGCGCCGCAGUGGCAACUGAAAUUAUCGCUGCUGGUGCGGACGACGCCUGCGUUCGCGCUACCGUAG